GCUCUACUCAGGGCAAAAUAAAGUUGCGUCCAUCUAAGCCACGCCCACCGGAAGUACGUAGUGUUUCCCCGGGAAAACUCGGUUUCGUUCACUAACUGAAGUUGCUGAAGAAGAUAAUCAAUGGAGAAAAUAACAGAGAAGCUUUUGCUGGAGAAAGGUUCUCCAAAAACCAGCAAGCUGGAGCAAAUCAAGACACUGAAUCUAUCUAAGCUGACACUGAAGCACAAGGACUUGCCGGUCAGGCUGCUGUCCCGUCUCCAGUCCCUGGAGCGCUGGGAUCUGUCCGGGAACCGACUGGAGGAGUUUCCUAAGGACCUGGCGCUGCCUGCGCUUCAACACCUGGACCUCAGCGACAACCAGAUGGAGGAUGUUACGACUCUGGAGUCUCUGAGCAAUCUGGAAGAGCUCAAGUUGGAGGACAAUCUUUAUAUCACUGUGAGUGAUAAUUACAAACUGAUGGUGUUGUUGCCCAAACUGAGGAUUUACAACGGUAAAGACGUCAGCACGACUGCCAACCAUCUGCGCUUCGUCUACAGCGAGAACUUGAGGACCAGGAUAAUUGCCAUUUGGGAGAAGAGCUUCCAUCUCCCAGAUCCCAUCACGGAAGAGAAAUUGUCAACCUUGAGGAAAGACUUUGUCAACACGGCCCGUCAGCAGGUUCGAUUUGGACCCAGUUCAGUCAGUGACUUCACCAAAUGGAAGGUGGAGAUUAUGGCUAAAGAGUUUCUGUGCUCUCUGACUGAACCACAGGAAGAACCGGAGAGCACGGAGUCCCCUGACACCAAAGAGAAGAGUGAAGUCUCAACCCCCACCAAGAGGAAACAAAGUGCAGCAGUAGACUUGAGGAGUCUGACGCCUCACAAGAAAUUGUGCGCAGAUCUGCCAGCAUCUCCAGCCGAAGCCAGUCCUCGCAAAUCCGGUCUUAGCCGCAAACUUCAGACGCUGACCCAGACCUGCACCCCCCGGGUGAGCCCCCGCAAGACAAGUCAGCCUCCCUCCACCCCCACCAGAGGACAGGUGAGGGCGGAGACGCCCAGGAGAGGUUCGAAAGUGCAGCAAGAGGAUGAUGGAGCUCAGAUAAAACAGAGGAAGAGAAAAGAGCUGCAGAGAGACACGGACACGCUGUCCACGAUGAAGAGCUGCAGCCAGACGAAGCCAGUGAGUCUGAAGCCGCUCCACGUCCUCCAGUGCCACAGUAAACAGGACAGCUCGGAGGACUUCUCCACGCAGCUGUGGGCCUGUGCUUUCCAGCCGCUGCCAGAUUCCACUGGCGGAGGAGGAGGCCGCUUGGUUGCUACCUGUGGUGGAGACUCUGUCUGUGUGAUUGACUGUGAAACCGGGAUGGUGAUGAAGAAGUACAAAGUUCCUGGAGAGGAGUUCUUCUCCCUGGCUUGGUCCACGGUGUUGAUGUCCAGGGGAGGCGGGGCUUCGGCUCAACACUGCAGCGUUCUGGCAGCUGGAGGGAAGAGAGGACUUGUCAAACUGAUCCACCCCAGAAACAACGUGGCCUACGGGGAGUUCAGAGCCAGCCGCAAGGCGCUUUCUGUCCUCCGCUUCAACCACCAGCAGGGGAACUUCCUCCUCACGGGAUCUUACGAUAAGAAGAUUGUGAUGUGGGACAUCGGGGGAGUGGACAGCCAGUACAACUUCAAAGUUGUUCAGCUGCUGGUGUUGGAGAUCAGCACCACCCCUCUACACAUCUGCCUCCCCCCAAUUUCCCCCAGCUCAAACCUGCUGACUGCCUGUGAGGACGGCCUGCACUGCUACAACACACAACUCGGCACAAACAACACCACAAAGAGUAGGUCUAAGGAGAUGGAGAUAACCUUCCCCAUAUAUAAGAAUGAAGACAAAGACCAUGACUACCACACCAUUGAUGGCAUGAGCUUUCUUACGGAUGACAUAGUGGCCUCCAAGAACUACAUGCACGGUUGCAUUUACUUGUGGAGCUGGAGCCGGACGAAAGCUCAGCGGCCCGACAGGAAGGACAGGACCGUGAGUGCUGUGGUUCUGGCUGAGCUGCAGUGGGCCAACACUGAGAUUCCCUACCUGGCUCUCAACACCUGUCCGGGUCAAGCCUACAUAGUGUGUGGUGAUGACAAAGGCAGGCUGUGGACAUACCACGUCACCAACCUGCAGAAAAACAGUUUCCAGACUGGGAGACCCAUCCUGCCCACUGAGGUGUUGGAGUGGCCGACCCCGGAAAGGAAGGGCCUCGGCCAGGUGGAGGGCCCCUCCAUCAACAGUGUGGCGAUGGACCCUGAGCUCCACUACCUGGUGGCCCUCAGUGACAAGAACAUGGUGAUCGUGUGGAAGAGAGAAGAGUCCUGCUGAGUGAGCCACUCAGGAAUGGACGUCAGCUGUUUUGAUAUGAUGAUGCCCGUGUGUGUGUGUUGGUAUUUGUGAACAAGAACUGUAUUUUUAAACACACUUUCUUCAUGGUUUGUUUGGGAAAAUGACUUUUAUGUUGACGAUCUGUCAGAACAAUUAACAGAUUUGAAGGAAAGCAAUGUGUUCUUCAUUUCUCUUGUUGCUAUGUGACAUAAUUCUGUUUUUGUAUGUAGUUAUGUUUCUUAAAAGAUGCAGCAUAUACAAAUAAAUCAUAAAACAACUAUA